AUGUCUGGAGUGGCGGUUGUACGCUUCACUUCCAGCAGAGCAUCGAAUUCGGCCUGUCGCUUGUCCACGCCUUUCUCCUCCUGCAGCACUACUAUUCCUCGGUCUAUUUCGAGCUCUCUUAUUACAUCUACAACCAAUACUUCCUUUCGAAUCCCUUCCACAAGACGUUCUCUGAAUUACCGCCAACGCUGCGCCUUCUCCGCAUCAGCUGCUCGGCCGGGCGUGAAAGUUGUACAAAAUCCGAGGGUGGACGAUGAAGGGAAUACGUUGAUGAUCAAUAUUUCGCCUCGGGCAGCAGAGCGUCUUCGAGAAAUCACGGAUCCAUCCUCUUCCCCGUCGGCAACAAAGGAGGAGAAUCCAUACCAUCAUCUCCGGGUCACUGUUACCAGCGGAGGGUGUCACGGCUUCCAGUACCUCAUGUCUCUCGAAGCAACCUCGAAGAUUGACCCCGAGGAAGACACGGUAUUUGAAGCGGAACCCGAACAAGGCACGACCUCGGGGCCCGGCGAAGCAAAGGUGGUCAUGGAUGAACCCUCUUUGGAACUCUUAUCGGGGAGCACGGUCGACUAUACCAUGGAACUGAUUGGCAGUCAAUUCAAGAUUGUUGAUAAUCCGCGGGCAACGACCAACUGCGGUUGCGGAACGAGCUUCGACGUCAAGGAUUAA